AUGCCGCCCCCUCGGUCUAAGCCGGCCACCGCCCUGCCAAUACGGCAACCGCAGCUUCAUCAUGCCCCCGAGCAGCACCGGCCUGCGGGGAACGACCUUGUGAGCAGCAGCGAUGGAGAGGGCACCCCUGCCGACGGGGAGGCCAAGGGAACGGCCAAAAGCACAAAUGUAGCCCGCACCGAAAGGGGACCGCCUGAGGCUACCGCGCAGGACGAGAGCAUCCGGGCGUAUGGGCACACCUACCAUUCCUCAGGCCGCGUCCUCAUACCCGACGAUGCGUCAGAGGCGCGCCGCAUGAGGCUCAUGCACGACCUCCUGAAGCUGUGCCUCGACGGGCGGCUCGCGGCUGCGCGGCUGCCCAUUGACCGCCCCGGCGCGGGACUGAGACCGCAGACGCACCCGCACGUACCGCGGACCUCGAGUUGGAACCAGCGCCGCCCCCCUUCCUCUUCAUCUUCCUCACAGCCCGCGCCCCCCUCCGCUUCUGCGGCGGGGCCGUCGGCGGCUCACAGAGCGGCAGCCGCGCCGCGCCGGCCGGCCGCAAGGACACCGCCGGGGCCCCUUGCUUCGGCAUCCGUCACUGCCGGUGUCGAAAAGGCUGCCGACCCGGGGGCCACUGAGCGGCCCGCGGCUCCGUUUCGGAUCCUCGACGUCGGGACCGGGACGGGCGCGUGGGCCGUCGAGGCGGCGCGCAAGUAUCCUUCCGCGCAGGUUCUUGGCGUGGACCUAUCGGCUGCGCUGCUGCCAAAGGAAGGUGACGCUGCGGUGCCUGCAAAUUGUCGAUUCGAGGUUGCCGAUGCCGCCGAUGCGAGCGCGGCGUUCUGGCGCGGGACGUCUGUCGAUGGCGACGAGGCACCCUUUGACUUCAUACACAUCCGGAACCUCAUCGGCGGCGGUGUGCCGGACUGGCGUGCCCUCCUCGCCACGGCCAUGGGCUACCUCAAACCCGGCGGCCAGCUCGAGUUCACAGAGGUGCGCCCGCGGUUCUUCGACGUCGACGCAGCAUCCGCAUUUCUGCCGCGCUCAUCACCCUCACCCACGCCCUCGCAAUCGCCGUCCUUGUCGUCAUCCUCACCGCCAGGCUCGCCGCCGUCAUCGUCGUCGGCGCCUGCCAGCAAGCCACCAGGAGGUGUUGGUCCCGCGUGCGAGGAGUACCAGCGCGUCUUUGUCGAGAACGCCGACAAGCUGGGCGUAGACUUUGACCCUGUCCCGAAAGUAUGCGGCUGGCUCAGCGAGCUGGGGGCGCAAGUAGUGCGCGAGCGUGUCGACUGGCUGCCCGUACGGGCAUGGGGGAGCGACGUCCUGCAGCGGCGCAAGGGGAGGCUGGUGGAGGAGAUGCUAGACGUCUGCCUCGAAAACUGGACGCUUAUGCUCUUUGGCCGCUCUGGGUGGGAGGAACACAAGACGCGGGCCCUCAUCGAGCGUGUCAAGGGCGAGAUUCGAGACCCCCGUGGGCGGAGCUACAUGAAGAUGACAUUCAUCACGGCUAAGAAGCCCCUCGCCGAAGAGGAUGACAACGGCGAGACGACGCCUGGCGCUGGCAGUGGGUAG